UCCAGUUUAAAGGACCUGAGAACUCAGGGAGAGUCUGGGAGGAUAUUUUGAAGUUUGAAAUGAUCCCUAUAUAAAUAGAACGGGUCAGCAUAACUUUGGGAUAAAAUUAGCCGGCAGUUUGUGGACUCUCCAGCCUUGCCUGUGUGCUGGGUGCUGCUCUCCUGAUAAAUCAUUGCUCCGCUUCCACAGGGCUCCGAGGAUGGACGGCAUCACUGCCCCUAUCAGCAAAGCUGGAGCUGCCAAAUUAGUUAAGAAAGAUUUCCUGGAGGCUCUAAAAACAAAUGACUUCGGAAAACUGAAGGCUAUUUUAAUCGAGAGGCAAAUAGAUGUGGACACAGUGUUUGAAGUUGAAGAUGAGAACAUGAUUUUGGCAUCUUACAAACAAGGCUAUUGGUUGCCCAGUUAUAAGCUGAAGUCUUCCUGGGCCACAGGCCUGCAUCUGUCAGUUUUGCUUGGUCAUGUGGAGUGCCUGAUGGUACUGCUGGACCACAAUGCUACCAUCAACUGUCGUCCCAACGGGAAGACCCCUCUGCACGUGGCUUGUGAAAUCGCCAACCUCGAGUGCGUGAAGAUUCUCUGUGACCGUGGCGCAAAGCUCAACUGCUACUCCCUGAGUGGGCACACUGCUUUGCACUUCUGCACCACACCGAGCUCCAUCCUCUGUGCCAAGCAGUUGGUGUUGAGAGGUGCAAACGUAAACAUGAAAACCAACAACCAGGAUGAAGAGACACCCCUGCACACGGCGGCCCACUUCGGCCUCUCUGAGCUGGUUGCCUUCUACGUGGAGAACGGGGCCAUCGUGGAUAGCAUGAACGCCCACAUGGAGACCCCACUGGCCAUUGCCACCUACUGGGCCCUGCGCUUCAAGGAGCAGGAGUACAGCAGGGAACACCACCUCAUCUGCCGCACCCUGCUGGACAACAACGCCGAGGUCAACGCUCGUGAUGAUGAUUUCAAGUCCCCUCUACACAAGGCUGCCUGGAAUUGCGACCACGUGCUCAUGCACAUGAUGCUGGAGGCAGGAGCUGAGGCCAACCUCAUGGAUAUCAAUGGCUGUGCCGCUAUCCAGUACGUGCUGAAGGUCACCUCCGUGCGUCCUGCUGCACAGCCUGAGAUCUGCUACCAGCUGCUGCUGAACCACGGGGCUGCGCGCAUCUACCCCCCACAGUUCCACAAGGUGAUCCAGGCUUGCCACUCUUGCCCGAAAGCCAUUGAAGUUGUGGUCAAUGCCUAUGAACACAUUCGAUGGAACAUAAAGUGGAGACGAGCCAUUCCUGAUGAUGACUUGGAGAAACACUGGGAUUUUUACCACUCUCUCUUCAAGGUGUGCUGCAACACCCCCAGAACCCUCAUGCACCUGUCAAGAUGUGCCAUUCGAAAAGCGCUACACAACAGAUGCCACAAAGCAAUCCCUAUGCUGUCCCUCCCACUGCCGUUGAAGAAGUACCUGCUUUUGGAGCCAGAGGGAAUCAUUUACUAAGUCUUAGGAGACAACAGUUGCCAAUCCUAGAUUUCUAAGGGGACUCACUGGGUAGACGCAGUUUGCAUGGAUAAAAUGGUCCUUGGGUUGGUUAUCACACUUUAGGGAUUUUAAAACACUUUACAAACACCAAGCCAUUAAUCCUAGAGUAGUAUGCUGAGGGAAAAUAAGCGAGAAAUGUUAAAGAAUUUUCAGACACAAUGGCUACAUUUAGAAGGCAGAUACUAUUAUAGUAGCUCAUGUGACAACAUACAGUGACAACUUUUAUUAGGUGCCUGAUGUAAUUUGUAAAAUGUUCACAUAUGAUUUCAUCUCAAAAGGGACCCACAUUUUCUUAUAACCAAUCUCAUUCACUACAUUAUCAGUAAUACGUUUACAUGAUUGUUUCGUUUGCAAUGUAGCAGGUUUUGUGAGUGACCGCUUAAGCUUGGUGUCUCCCACCAGUGACUAUUGAGGAGACAUUACUGUUACUAGUUUUAGAAACGCCUUCUCCCCAAAUCAAAGUCAUCCACUCCUUUUGGUGACAAAUGCACAGGAGUACAGUGGGAACAAGAUCUUUGAGUCUAGAUAGAAAAAGAAGGGAAGAGCAGUUUACUUUAUAGCCUAGGAAUAGACAUUUCAACACACUGAGCCAGACACUGGAGGCCGCAGAUGGACCUCCAGGGUUGAAUGUUUAAAAGGGGAUCCAAACAUACGAGCAGAUGACUGCUGUAUGAAGUGAUGGGGCAGGAGUACAGGUGCAAACUCAUAUGUACUGCUUAACUUUCUGAAGUGUGCUCUGACUUGAAGUGCGUGAUUUAUUUUAUUUUAUUUUUUUUUAACCAUGAAGACAAAGCACGGAGUACUGUUUAGAGGAACCUGCUACUAUUGGAGUAAAUGUCUUUGAAUUUUUCCAGACUAUUGAGAUAGUGUUUUAUUUUGUGUGGUUUCCUGAUUUUAGUACCUUUCCAGAGUCUGAGAAAAAAUAUUCUACACUCCAGCUCUCAUGUAGACGAGAAAGAAAUUUGAGGAAGUUUUUAGGCAAAAGCAGUUGUAAAGAGAACGUCUUAAUUGAUUUUCUUGGUGUUUUCAUGGAACAGGUAGACAGUUUAGAGUAUUUUAGCUGAUAGAAAAGGAACUUGCGUUUUAACAGUGGCUCCCUUCAGUUGGAAAAAGAAAGAAAGAAAAAAAGAAAAAAAAACCUUUGCAUAGAAGGAAAUAUGCUAUAAGACUUAUUUAGUAUUUGCUAGUACAAUCACACUGGUAUGCCUCCUGGAGAACUUUGUUUUCCUCAUUUGGUUCUCAGUGAUCACUGUUGGAUUAGCUUGUUGCCUCUGGGCACAGACUUGGUACCAGUUAAAAUUGUAAGUAGUGACGUGUAGACACUGUACCGCUGUGGGCAGACUCCUUUCAUUUCUCUGUGGCGUUGCUUCUUGCUUCCUGUCGGAUGUUCUCCUGUUGUGGUGACUAGAGAUGUUGUCAGACAUCCCAGUAGUUCCCGAUGUAGCUGUGUUUGUAAAUCGAGACCCUCUUACUCCCAGUUUUGUGUAGGUGGACACGUUCAUGUAUUUGAUGUAUCAAUUUAACUCAACUGAUUUCAGAAAAAAAAAUUCUGUAUUAGAACAAGAUCUCUAGCCUGAAACGGAAUGCUGAAUUUGUACAGAUUACACAUAGAAAGUAGUUUGCUUAACUGAGUGUUAUUUAGAACAUAUUUCAGAAUAUUCAAAGGGUUGGGGGCUUCUCUCCAUCACCAGGAACAUUCUGGCAGAAAAGUCUGUGCUGGACUGAUUUAUCACAGGUGUAGUGGGACUGAGAACAAGCAGACAAGGUUUUCCUCAUAUAGGGAGCUAGGGAUGUUUGUCAUAGUGUUGCAAUGUUUCCCUUAGUCUAGUGUGGAAUAUGUAGCCACUUGUUUUGAAUUGCUUGCACAUGUGUUUAAUGUGAUUAUUUCUGUACCUUGUCCUUUAAUAAAACUUCAAUAAAGAUCAUAAAUAAA